GUGUUUAAAAUAUAACUCAUUAUAGUGAGAUUAAUGUACUUUAAUAAUAUUAGCUGAAGAGAAUUGACUGCACCAACAGACGUGUUAGUUCAGUAUGGCCUGGGCAAGCAGAAGUUGGUUAUGUUUACAGCUUAUCAUUUUGUUGUUAAUAUUAGAUGUUUGUUGUAGUGUUGAGCUAACCUUUGAACUGCCAGACAAUGCCAAGGAAUGUUUCCAUGAGGACAUCAGUGAAGGCGUUGAUGCAACCCUUGAGUUCCAGGUUGUGACAGGCGGCCACUAUGACGUAGACGUGGAGCUUGAGGGGCCAGGUCGGGAGGUCUUGUACAAAGAAGUCAAGCAGCAGUACGGCCAGUUCCAGUUCAAGGCUCGCACCUCUGGCACUUACCAGGUGUGCUUCAGCAACGAGUUCUCAACGUUCAGCCACAAGCUGGUGUAUAUGGACCUGCAGGUCGGCGAUGAGAAGCCCCUCCCUGGCGUAUCAGACCACCUCACUGCCAUGACCCAGAUGGAAUCAUCAUCCGUGAAGAUUCACGAGAACCUUAACCUGGUGAUCGACUACCAGACACACCACCGCCUUCAGGAGGCGAAGGGCCGCAAGCGCGCUGAAGAGAUCAACGAGACCGUCCUCUACUGGGCCGUCGGCGAGUCCAUAGCCAUCGUCGGCAUAGCCCUCGUGCAGGUCCUCAUACUCAAGAACUUCUUCGGCGAGAGAACCUACAUUAGGGUCGGAUAGGCCGCUAUAGGCAUAUGCCUGAGUCGGCUAGAUUGCAAUAGGCCUACACCCGAGUCAGCUAGGUUGUUAUAGGGCUACAUCAGAGUCGGCUAGGCCGCUAUGGGCUGAAUCGGCUAAGCCGCUGUAAGUCUACAUUUGAGUUUGCUAGGCCGUUUUGGUCGUGCAUCUGAGUUGGCUCGGCUAACGUAUGGACCGUAAUGACGUGUAUGUAUAAUUGGUGUGUAGUAUUGUAUUGCUUAAAGGUGGUACUUGGGAGAUAGAAACAUCCUAGAAGCCCUUGGCGUUGCUUCGAGAAAGCAUCUAAAUUUUAUUUAAUCUUGGUUACGUCAAGGUUAUUGUUGACGCUUGAUAUUCACUUGCUUCAUUACGUUCUUUUUAUGAAUACUACCGUGAAAUUGAACUUUGAUUUGAAAAUAGGAGAUUGAGUUGCCGUCUGAACCUACAUCAAACCUUGGUCAGGUUAAAAUUGGUAUAGCACUUGCUUUCUCAUCAGCAGCGGCAAACUGUACAAUGUGUACAUCGUUUGUUCAUAGGUUAAGUAUGCACCAGGGCCUCUUAGGACGAAGUUCUUCAGAAGGUCUGAGCAUCUUCUUGUAUUUAUUAUUACGAGUUUACGUUGACAAGUCAACUGCGCGGUCUGCUCCACAUUGGCUUAAUAUACGUGUAAUUAAAAACAUAGUUAAGGUCAAGUUCUAUUCCUAAUGAACGGACGCAAUGGAGUUUAACAUUACAGUAGACAAAUGUAAAGAUCUCUCUUUAAGUUAAAAGUCUGUUUUGAGUUCUAAAUGUAAGCGAAAAUUACAUCAGGGUUGACCAGACUUGUAGAUUCCUGCUGAAUGACCACAGGCGCAAUAUAAAAGGCUAAUCUGUCCCGAAGUCCUGAUGGCAAGAACAACCUGUUUGCCGGGGAUUGUAGGCGACUCUCUAUCGUGGCCUGGGACUGCUAUGUUCGAAACACUGAGGUUAACUAGAGCAGUGAUACCCAUACUAGAGAGGAGGUAAUCUUUCUCGUGUAAUCCCCUUCAAAAAAACCAAAUUGUUUUUUAUUUGCAUUAAUAUGGAUGAGGAUGGGGAGGCCGACGUUCCCCGACCCCUAUGUGAAAAAUUGCAAGAUGAUGGGGCCCCAUCGUAAAUUUAUGGGGCCCCAAGUAAAUUUAUAUCAAUGUUAAGAACAUUUGUUGGGCAAUUAACAUGUUCAUUGUGUCAUGUUCAAAUGGGUUAAAAUUCAGCUAACAAGAUUCAUGGUCUUUUGGUUCAUACCUCUACAUUGUGUCAGUUACUCUUAACUGAAAAUUGGUGUUCUGUAUAGCGUUUAUCAGUUCAUGAAAGAAAUAUGUUUCAUAUUAAGUGAGAUAAGAUGUAUCUUGCAAAGGUCGGUAGAGGAUGUUCUUGUGAAUGAAGGAUAAGUGGUACAUAAAUACGAUGUUAUAUUUAAUGGGCAAACCGCCGGUCUCAACUCCUACAGAGCUUUGCACGUGACAGUUUCUUGUGCCAAGAACUGGGGUUACGAAGCAGAAAUGAUGACGAUUUUUAUUUAUUUCUCACAAACCAAGUAAUUGGAAAAAUAUGUUAGGACUCCAUGUUCCUGAGUUUUUAUUAAUUUGUAACUUAAUGGCUUUAUUGCUCACGAACCAAGUAUGGAAAAAUUUCUGACUACGUUUAGUUAGUUUGUCAUUUGAUGGCUUAGUCGUCACAGGAUUGUGAGGAUUGUUCCCAAUUAGGCUUGUGAUGGUACUGACGCUGCACUGCCAAAGCAAAAUUUCCCUGCCCUUUUUAUUUCUCUUCCACUUCCGUUAGAUUUUUUCAGCCCUGCUAGGUCACUCCGCGUCCCUGUGUUCCACAAUGUCUGAACUGAGCGUACUGCUCUCGUAAUACAACGUUCGAUAACGUCACAGUCUUGCGGAAUUCAUUUUUUCAAGUUCGAUUUGUUUCAAAAAUGCAAUUAUUAACCUAAAUGAAAACUUUUGUUAAAGUUCUUACUUGGCAACCAAGACGAGAUUUAAUGGCGGGCAUUUCUCGCCUGCAAAGCAAACUUCAAUAGAAAUAAAUAUGCUUGGAGCACAUCGGUGUAUCUAUCAUUUUAGGCGUCAUUGUUGUUAUUGAUGUUACUUUUGUUGUUAUCUUAGACUAUGUUCUGGUAAAGCGUUGCCCUCAGGGGUAGCAACUUCGAGAAGAGCUUGCCUUGGGUUCGAGCUUUUCGAAGCUUGGUUCAUUUUUCGGUUUCGCUGAAGGGCGACCGGUUUGUCGCUUUCAGAAUGUGGUGCUUGCAGCAUGACCUUGGGUUGGUGUUCAUAAACGAGCUCUGGGUGCUUUUUACCUGGGGAAUCUUGAGGUCCGAAUUACUUGCCUCGUUUGUGAAGGUUCUUACCUCCGUGAGUUACUCGAAGGUGAUGAUGAAUGGGAAUUUUAAACUUUGUAUUUAGCUAUGGUAUUAUUUAGAACAUUUAUAUUUUAUUGUAUUUAGUUACCGGUGUUGAAUUGAAAUGAAUUUUUGCUGGGAAUUCUGUUAAAUACGUUGUAGAAAAUGGCGUUUUAAAUGCACUUAAGUAGAAUGCAAGUAAACACUACAAUCGAAAGCACUUUAGUACAAUGUGGUUGGGAAAUCACUUAAAUUUAAAGUAGUAUUCUGGUGAAGAAAUUCUCUCAAAUACAAAUAAGUAAUAAAAUGCAGUAACUGUAAUGCCGUAUAGUGACCAUGUCGCUCGUUCUUUAACUGCACUGCAAUCCAUUCAAUCACAUGGAGAUGAACCGGUUCUUUAUAUCAUGGGAUUGAUGUCACCGGUUUGCUGUGCGAGUUUACUAAAAA